UGUACUCGAUCUCUAAGCUAAAGGUUCAGUUAAAUUCGCUCGUAGCUCCAGUCGCUUGAAGACUAUUCACCUAGUUUGUGUCGAAACCGAAAAACGUUCAAAAUGUUUGGAGCAACUUCAAAUUCCUUAAAAAUCGUUUUGAUUGUGUUAUUUUAUCAGUUAUGUUGCACUCAUGCUCAAUUCAACUUCCAUAUCGCUCCCUAUGCGACCAAUUGGUUUGAGGCGUCCGAGUACUGUCACCGGAUGCACUGGCAGUUGGCCAUAGUUGAUUCGGAAGAGAAGCACAAUGCCGUAGUAGAUGCGGCCAAGGCCACGGGACUUCACUCUUCUGGAUAUUUCGGUGUUUGGCUCGGAGCUACCAGAUUGGCACAGACGGAUAUUUUCACCUGGCACAAUACCGGAAGAAUUCUUGAAUUCACACGCUGGGCUCCUGGCGAACCUAGCGAAUACGGCGAGGAAUGUGUAAUGAUUGCCUAUUGGCCUAGUCAGGGAUUCUACUGGACGUGGAAUGAUGCAUACUGCCUUGAAAAGUACUACGCCAUCUGCGAAUUUAGGAGUUGCAUCUUGGAUUGACGAGUGUUUGCUUGAAAGAAUGAUGUAAUGCAAUAAAUAAUUUACUUAUCAGUACUAGCAAA